GUUUUUAUAGUCUGUUGCCAUUUUGGUGGUUGGCGCUUCCAGCAAAAGCCGCGUUCUUUAUAGACGCUAUUGAAGAUAACGCUUCUAUUGGAAAUAAGGGAGAAUUUGAGACGAUCCCUUUUAUCUUUUUAGUUACUGCAUUGAAUUGAGAAAAAUGAGUAGAAGGCAGAGUUCGGAAAACGAGGACGACCCAGAACCCUUUCAAAGUUCAGGGGAUGAAUGGGACUUGGAGCAAGCCAAAUUGGAAGAGUCGGGUAGGAGAAAGUCAUCACGUUUAACUAAGAAACCAAAAAGGGCAGUGGUUGAUGAGAGUGUUAGUGAGAGUGAAGAGAGUGAGGAGAUUUCUUCUGACGAAGAGCAAAAUGAAAAGAAAAGAAAAGUCAAAAAGCAAAUUAAAGCCAGCCCAAAAAAGCAAAAAGUUAUAAACGAGAGUGACCAAUCUAAUGAUAAAACUGAGGAUAACAACUCUAAGAAAGAAUCAGAGAUAGCCUCUACAGACUCUGACUCAUCGAGAAACGCAACCGCUGUUUCUAAUGUAGGACGGGCGGUUCCUCGAAAAUUUGUCCCAAAGACCAUUUUUUCUGAAGAUUAUGCGACGGGCUCUUUUGUAAUUCUCAAGAAAGACGCUCAGGUGGGUGACCCCAGCAAGCAUCCUUGCAUCUGGAGAAUAGAUGGCAAAGCGUUACUGCAGAAGUAUGAGGCCUUUGAUGAAGAUGAUAAAGUCAGGCAUAAAAAUACAUCAAUUUAUACCGGAUGGUCUCCUUUAGAUAAAGACCUUUACGCUCCCAUCACAGUGGAUGUGGUUCGUCACAACAAUAAUAACCUAACUGUCGAAGUACACUGGGACAAAGUGAAUAUCAUAAAUGCAGAUAGUGACUAAGCCGAUUAAUAAUGUUUGAAUUAUGAGUACAGACUAUUACAAUUUUUUUUAGAAUUGUUUUGUGAAGCAUUAAUGUCUUACCACAAUUUAAGGUUCACUUAUUUGAUAAAAUAAUGUUUUAAUAGAU